AUGCAGACCAAGUUCGCCGCUCUCGCAGCCCUCGUGGCCGCCGCCCGCGCCCAGCAGGCUUGCUCCUCUCAAGCAGAGGUCCACCCCAAGCUGACCUGGCAGACCUGCGCUACUGGCGGCUCCUGCUCAAGCGUCGCCGGCUCUGUCGUGCUCGACUCCAACUGGCGAUGGGCUCACACAGUCGAGGGCUCGACCAACUGCUACACGGGCAACACCUGGAACAACACCUACUGUGCUGCCGGCCAGGGCGCCAACUGCGCCACCAAGUGCUGUGUCGACGGCGCCGACUACCCGGGCACCUACGGCAUCACCACCAGCGGCAGCGAGCUGAACCUCAAGUUCGUCACCACCCACGCCUACGGCAAGAACAUUGGUAGCCGUGUCUAUCUCAUGGAGAGCGAUACCAAGUACCAGAUGUUCACCCUCCUUGGCAACGAGUUCACCUUCGAUGUCGAUGUCUCCAACAUCGGCUGCGGUCUGAACGGUGCUCUGUACUUCGUCUCCAUGGACGCCGAUGGUGGUCUGUCCAAGUUCUCCACCAACAAGGCUGGUGCCAAGUACGGUACCGGAUACUGCGACUCGCAGUGCCCUCGCGAUGUCAAGUUCAUCAACGGUGUUGCCAACGUCGAUGGCUGGAACCCCUCGAGCAACGACGCCAACGGUGGUGUCGGCUCCCUCGGUGCCUGCUGCGCUGAGAUGGAUAUCUGGGAGGCUAACAAGAUCUCCACUGCCUACACCCCUCACCCCUGCCAGAACAGCGCCUACCACUCUUGCGUCGGCGACGCCUGCGGUGGAACCUACUCCUCUGACCGUUACGCCGGUGACUGUGAUCCCGAUGGUUGCGACUUUAACUCCUACCGCCAGGGCAACAAGACCUUCUACGGCCCGGGCUCCGGCAACACCAUUGAUACCACUCAGAAGCUCAGCGUCGUCACCCAGUUCAUCAAGGGCUCCGACGGCGUCCUUUCCGAGAUCAAGCGCUUCUACGUCCAGAACGGCAAGGUCGUCCCCAACUCCCAGUCGACCAUCUCCGGCAACUCUGGCAACUCCCUCACCCCAGCCUUCUGCUCCGCCCAGAAGACCGCCUUCGGUGACACCGACAUCUUCAACCUCCGCGGCGGCUUCGCCCAGAUGUCCAAGGCCGUCGCCGCCCCCAUGGUCCUCGUCCUCUCCCUCUGGGACGACCACUACGCUAACAUGCUCUGGCUCGACUCCACCUACCCCGUCAACAAGGCCGGCCAGCCCGGCGCCGACCGCGGAACCUGCCCGACCACCUCCGGCGUCCCCGCCGACAUCGAGUCCAGCGUCCCCGACAGCAACGUCAAGUUCUCCAACAUCAAGUUCGGCCCCAUCGGCUCCACCUUCAACAGCGCCGGCACCACCAACCCCGGCACCACCACCUCCGCCACCAUCAGGACCAGCACCACCAGCACCGCCCGCACCUCUUCGACCGCCAACCCCGGCACCGGCACCGGCGCGAAGCAGUACGAGCAGUGCGGCGGCCAGGGCUGGACCGGCCCGACCACGUGCGUCUCGCCUUACACCUGCUCUAAGGUCAACGACUGGUACUCCCAGUGCUUGUAA